ACCGUGGAUUCAAGACGGUCGCUUUAAUUGCGGUUUUCCCGGGCUCUGUUUGUUUGUUUGUUUGUGUGUGUGUGUGUGUGAAGCUGCAGCCUUUGAUAGGCUCUGUCUCGGUGACGUCACUCGUCUCAGGUGUGGCACGGGCGAACAGGUGGGUUGCUCUCGUGCAGCGGACCGCGGACGUCAGUACAGUCAUCUCCCGCUCUUCGGUAAAAGUGCCGCAGUCGUGUGGAAGAAAGGGGGCACAUGAGCGGUUUGUUUGGGGCGGAGGAAGGAAGUUUCUCGCAGGAAAAAGCAAUGAAAGGGCUAUAAUUAUCUCUAAGUGCUCUCUUUUUUUUUUUCCGACCUCACAGGGACGGUCGGGUUGAAGAAGGGACUCCUCCGGGGUUGUCUGGAAAUAUGGAGGAAUGGUGCUGAAAGCGUUACUUGUACAGUAUUGCAUGUUGUAGUCUAGUAAAGUGUGUGAGCUUGUGCACUCUUCUGACCGGACACUGAACUAUUUGAAUUAGUCGGAUCAAUAUUUAUGCGUUCGGGACCGCUCGGAGCCAUCUGCACUCUUCCUGUUGAAGGGUUAGGACCGAAGCGGUGAUGGGUGACAUCGACCUCGAGCAGGAGGAGCCGUUUCCUGUGGACCGAGAUGGGAGGCGGUUCAGGGGCGAAGAGGACGAGCCUGAUGGUGACGGGAACAUGGGAUGUUGUGAGAAGUUCCACCAGUCUGUCUCCAAAUGGAUGCUUCCGGAGCACAUCCGCAGCAAGUACGUGGAACGGGCCAACUGCUGCCCACCUCCCAUCUUCAUCAUCCUCAUCAGUAUGGCAGAGUUGGCAGUGUUUAUCUACUACGCUGUGUGGAAGCCUCAGAAGCAGUGGGUGACCCUGGAUGAAGGCAUCUGGAAAAGUCCCCUUACAUACAAGCCUGAGUGCCGGCAGGAAGCAUGGCGCUUUGUCUCCUACAUGUUUGUCCACGCCGGUGUGGAGCACAUUGUGGGCAACCUGGUGGUGCAGCUAGUGCUGGGCAUCCCACUGGAGCUGGUCCACAAAGGAUUCGAGGUGGGAAUGGUUUACAUGGCAGGCGUCCUGGCAGGCUCUUUGUGCAGCUCCAUCUUUGAUCCUCUCAGUGCUUUGGUGGGAGCUUCUGGGGGUGUUUACGCCCUAAUAGGAGGCUAUUUUAUGAACGCAGUGGUGAAUUUCCGAGAGAUGAUUCCUCUCCUUGGAGCAUUUCGUAUCCUCGCCAUAGUGAUAUUUGUUGGCACAGAUUUUGGAUUUGCCUUCUACAGAAGAUUUGUCAUGCACGAGGCUGGUUUCAAUGUGUCCUUUGUGGCUCAUUUUGGAGGAAUUGUGGCCGGGAUGACCGUCGGCUACGUCUUCUUCAGCGCUUACAACAAGAAGCUACUCAAAGACCCACGUUUCUGGUUGUGUAUAGUGGCCUAUAUAGUGUUUGUGCUUUUUGCUGUUCUCUUCAACAUCUUCCUCACCCCAGCAUCAUAGGGAAUAAAGCUGCACUCACUAACCUUUUUAAAAGUCAACACCAAAAGCCUUAAUGUCACUCAGGAAGCUGUAUUUUUACUGAUGUGUUUCAGAGCAAAGCUGAUUUUUGGGAACAUUGUGAAUGUAGUGCACAGGGUUUUUAUUUUAUUUCUUCUAUUUAGGGCUGAAGAUUUGUGAGUUGAAGUAGAAGGGCGCCUCCUGCUGUUUAUGUGUAGCAUUGCAAAAGGCAUAUUUUCAUUUUUAGACAAUGUUGAGGAAAACGUACCUUUAAACCAUUAAUAAUUUUACUGAACUGAAUCAAACACAUUUUUUACACUGACUGUAACGUAUAUGUCUCUUAUCCCAGAUAUGAUUCUGUGUUUGACUGUUUUGUUUUUAUAUAUUUUUGUACUUUUCAUGAGUAUCAGGAAAUCAAUGAAGACAUUGGUCCUAUUUUAUGUAUUUUUCUUUAACAGAAAACAAUGCGCAGACUGUUGCAUAUGAAUAAUUUUAUGCUAUCAUGGACUCUUAGGGACUUUCAGUAUUCAUGAAAUGUGCCUUAAAGGUGGUGAAAUCCCUCACCCUCACAGAGCUUUCUCUUCUCAGGAAAAAAAGGAUGAAUGUCAAAAAUGUUGUCCUUUCCUUUUGUAAGCAAAAGAGCUGGUUUACCAUCAGGCCUUGGCUUAAUGCCCCAUUAUUGUUUCAGUCACAUCCUGUUGAUAGGACGUGGCUAAUUACAUGUUGUAAAACUGUUUAUUCAAUCUUCUCUCGUACUUACUGUUUUAGUAUUCUUGGAAAAACAAACUUUGCAAACAUCCAGCUUUUGGAAACACAGUCUACUUUAAUUUGUUAGUAAAAAUAAACUGGUUGAUAUCAUACAAUUCCCCUACUUAACUGAAGGGAAUGUUUGAACGUUAGAUGUAAGUUAUGGUUUAGUAACAGUACAGUUUCUAUUCAGUAAGUCUAUAAAUUAAACCUCUUUAAUAUCCCUUGUUGUUUGGCUGUAAUUCAUGAACAGAUAUUAUUUUAGAAAAUAAUAUAAUAAUACUUCAUUUAUCUAAGAUUAGAGGUAAACUAUGACCAAAGACCAAACAGAGACCUUGCAUGUUUGUUUUUUAUUGUAUUUCCACAGAUCAAUGUUUAACGUAUGUUUUUUAAUGAAAUUUAUAUUUUUUGUUCAAAUCUAAACUUCUGCAGAAGCAGGAUGAGAGUAUUGAUUUUGUCUGAUGAAUAUAUACAGAGUAAAGACUACAUUUGCAAUGGUUGUCCAAUUCAUUUUCAAUAACAGAUAACCCUGUGUGUGCAGCAGUCUGCUGUUUGGUGGGGACUGUAUGAAAGCGACUGUUCUUUUUGUUAUUUUACAGUAUGGAAAGUUCCAUAGUUUCUAAACUCGGCUCAUCAAUAUAACUGAGGGCAUCAAUAUUCAAUUAUCAUGAGCUUGUUUGCCUUGACUGUGAAACAUUGGGAAAUGGUAUGUUGAUUUAUGUAGUACAGCAGUCGAAAAAUCUGAUGUUAUUAGACGGUACUGCUGAAACGUCAACAUCCGCAAGGUUUCACUUUUUCUGUAUUGAAUUAAACAUCUGCCUCUAAGUGGUCAUUGCUGUAGUGUUUAUUUAUAUAAUGUAUUAUUUAUUUCAUCAUAUUAAAGAGUUAAAGGGCAACAUGCUGUAAAAUACUGAAAAUAACACUUUGGGUUUCUUUAUUUGGUGUAGUUAGGCCCAAAGGUCUUAAAAACAAGAUACAGCACCAGCUGGGGGUCUUGCACUUCAUAAAAGGUUGCAGUUCAUUAAGCCAAAUGAACAACUGUAUAAAAUAUUCAUAUCAAUUAUUUUAUUUUAUUCUUUUAGACCAGCAAUGCUUCUUUUUUCCCUCAACAUGACAUAAAAAUAAUAAUUUGUCUGAUAUGGUUUUGUCACAAAAUAAGUUCA